UGACAGCACGGAGAGUGGCAGAGAUGCACCCACCGCCGCUAUGGAUCCAUGAAGUAAAAAUAAAUCCUAGCACCCAGGAAAUUUCGAAGACGCUCACUCCCCCACCGAACGCUCGAACGCCACGAUUUCUCUGGCGAGAUCACUUGCUCAUGAAUGGUCGAACCAUGCCUGGCUACCCUUGUCUCCCUCAUCGUCCUCUCCAACAACGAUAUCCUCCUCAUCAACAAAUCAACAAUUAAUGGCCUCAACUUCUGUGUCACCCGCUCGAGGUCGGGAUGGAUGCUAUGGGAGGUCACAUUCUUCAACGUCAGCUUCAACUCCCUCGCUGGCCCGCUCCCACCAGAGGUGCCCAGGAUGCAGAAGGUGGAGUAGCUCGAUGUCGCGCACAACCACCUCUCGGGCACCGUGCUGGAGGCCGUGCGGCCUCCCCCUGCUUAGGAACUUCACAUCUCCUACAAUUUCACCGGUAAGCAGCCGUCCUGCACACGCAUAUUGCCCAUCGAUGGCAAUGGCAAGCACUAGAAUUGCCUUGCCUACCCAAUUGCCCCGCCUAGGGCAUGCCGCUGCAGUGUAAGGGAAUUAGGGAAAGAAAACGGAGAUUGCUGUUGUUUGCUUCAAAAAGAAACGGAGAGGUUAAGCCAUUUAGAUGAAAAAAAAGGAGCGUAAGGCCUUGGGCCCGCUGGAAAAGCGAUCACCAAUAGAGCGAGGACACCUGGCAGGGGACAGAGAUAGGAACACAUAGUCAGAACAGGGAAGCCGCAUCCUUCUGCAUCCCGGGCACCUCCGGAUCUACCGACAAUUUUUUUUGCCUCGCCACGUAGAACAUUUGAACGCAUGUACAAAGUAUUAAAUGUGGACGAAAAAAAACAAUUACACAGUUUGGGUGUAAAUUGCGAGACGAAUCUUUUAAGCUUAAUUAUGUCAUGAUCUGACAAUGUGGUGCUACAGUAAACAUUUGCUAAUGACUGAUUAAUUAGGCUUAAUAAAUUCAUCUCGCAGUUUACAUACGGAUUAUGUAAUUUGUUUUGUUAUUAAUCUACGUUUAAUACUUCAAAUGUGUGUCCAUAUAUCUGAUAUGACGUAGCAAUGUUUUUUUUUUUUUGCCGGUGGAACUUUACACAGCCCAAACCUAUAUUGAAGGGAGCCAAAUUGUACUUUUUUCCAACCGCAAUAUCCGUUCCGCUGCGGUGCGUUGCCACUGCAUGGGUCGGGCAGCAGAUGGGGAGGUGAGAGUGGGAAAUCACAUCCAUGUGUUGGCCCAUUUCAUAGUGGGCCGUACAAACUGGCGCUCGCGUCUGAUCGGGCCCAUCUGAUCACCGCAUCCAUGGCGAGUGGCGACGACGAGCCGACGACUUGUCAACGAGUCAACGGCGACCUGCCUCCACUGGAGUCAAGCUCCGCCUCCGCCUCCGCCUCCGACUCCGGGCAGAGCAGAGCAGCAGCUGCCGCCGCCGACGACGAGAGAAGAGGCGGCCAGAUGGCGGGCCUGCGGCGGCUGUGGGGGGAGUGGGAGAUCCGGGUGCUUCUGCUGAGCAGCCUCUCGCUGCAGGUCUUCCUCCUCUUCACCGGCGGCCUCCGCAAGCGCAACGUCGCCGCCUGGCUCCAUUUCAUGCUCUGGCUCGCCUACCUCCUCGCCGACUCCAUCGCCAUCUACGCCCUCGGCAACCUCUCCCAGAACCAGAAGCUCUGCAGCAACGGCCCCCACGGCGGCGGCGACAUGCACCUCCUCGUCUUCUGGGCGCCCUUCCUCAUCCUCCACCUCGGCGGGCAGGACACCAUCACCGCAUUCGCCAUCGAGGACAACGAGCUCUGGCUCCGCCACCUCCUCAGCCUCGUCUCCCAGAUCGCCCUCGCCCUCUACGUCUACUGGAAGUCGCGCCCCUCCGCCGCGGGCCUCCUCGUCCCGGCCAUCCUCAUGUUCGUCUCCGGCGUCGUCAAGUACGGCGAGCGGACAUGGGCGCUCAAGUCGGCGAGCAUGAGCAGCCUCCGGAGCUCCAUGCUGACGCGCCCCGACCCUGGCCCGAACUACGCCAAGUUCAUGGAGGAGUACCACUCCAGCAAGGAGGCCGGCCUGCACGCCGAGAUCGUCAUCGUCCCGGAGCGCCCCCCCGACGACAACAUCCAUGUCCAGGAGGAGCACAUGGAGUACGGCGAGCUCGUCGUCAAGGCGCACCGGUUCUUCCACACCUUCCGCCGCCUCUUCGUCGACCUCAUCCUUAGCUUCCAGGACCGAACCGACAGCCUCGCCUUCUUCCGCCGCCUCCAGCGAGAUCAGGCGUAUAAGGUGGUCGAGAUCGAGCUCCUGCUCAUGUACGAGUCGCUCCACUCCAAAUCCUCCGUCAUCCAUGGCCCGACCGGCCGCUACCUCCGCAUCUUCACCCUCGCCGCGCCCGUCCUCUCCCUCAUCGUCUUCUCCGGCACCGACAAGGCUCCCUACAAGCCGGUUGACGUCACCGUCUCCUACGUGCUCCUCGGCGGCGCCAUCUUCUUGGAGAUCUACGCCAUCCUCCUCAUGGCCAUCUCGCCAUGGAGCUUCGCCGACCUGCGGAAGAAGGACAAGUGCCUCCCCGUGGCGAGCGGGGUGUUCCGGGCGGUGAGCUACUUCUUGCCGGAGGCGAGGCCGCGGUGGUCGAACCAGAUGGCGCAGUACAACCUCAUCCACUACUGCCUCAAGGACAAGCCGACAUGGCUCACCGGAGCGCUCGAGAAGCUCGAGUGGGACUACAAUGUCCGCGUGAAGACGAUCUGGGACAGUAUCUGGUACACCCACCACAUCGGCGUCUCCAUGGUGCUCAAGCAGCUCGUCUUCAAGCAGCUCAAGGAGAAGGCCAACAGCACGGCGGACCCGAUGAGCUACCGGCGGUUCGGCGACCACCGCGGCCAGUGGUUCCUCCACCGGAUGGGGUGCUACCAGGAGCUCGGGGCCAGCGUCGAGGUGGAGUUCGACGAGAGCAUCAUCCUCUGGCACAUCGCCACCGACCUCUGCUUCUACGACGACGACGACGACGACGGCCGCGACGCCGGCGAGAGGAAGCUGAAGCGGUGGUCAUCUUGCUGCUUCUGCUCCUGCUCCGACCACGCCCCCACGGCGGACGACAGCCACCUGAACGACGUGUCGCACCUGCCGGCGGCGAGCAGGGAGAUCUCCAACUACAUGCUGUUCCUGCUGGUGAUGCGGCCGUUCAUGCUGACGGCGAGCAUCGGGCAGAUCCGGUUCGGGGACACGUGCGCGGAGACCAAGAACUUCUUCCUCCGGGGGGACGAGCUCGGGGCAGCGAGGAAGGCGGCGGAGGCGCUGACGAAGGUGAAGACGGAGAUCAACCCGCGGGAGGUGAAGGGGGACCGGAGCAAGUCGGUGCUGUUCGACGCGUGCAGGCUGGCGGAGCAGCUGCGGCGGCUGGAGCGGCGGAAGCGGUGGCGGCUGGUGGCCGGCGUGUGGGUGGAGAUGCUGUGCUACGCCGCCGGCAAGUGCAGGGGCAACUUCCACGCCAAGCAGCUCAGCCAGGGCGGCGAGCUGCUCACCGUCGUGUGGCUGCUCAUGGCGCACUUCGGCAUGGGUGACCAGUACAGAGUCGAGGCCGGCCACGCCCGCGCCAAGCUCAUCAUCGAGAACUAGCCCCAAAUUGCAGCCGGCACAUAACAGCUGAGAGUUUCAGAAUUCAGAUCAGUUCAGAGUUACAAAUAAAUUCUCUUUUGUUGCUGAAGUUAAAAGAUUGAGCUUGUGACUUGAUUUCUUAGGCCUUUUACCAAGCCCCUCGAAGAGUUUCUCUAGCGGCUGGGCAACUCAGAAAUUGGCCCAAGCAACCUCAUCCCACAGUGCAGUGAUCUACUUUGCGUCUCCACGCGCGGCGCGAGGUUACGGGGCGUCGGAGGCAUGCCCUCCACAGCGCACGGAAUCAGGGUGAUUGGCGCCGUGCGUUACCCAGACCGAGCGAAGUUCUCCGCAUCCUGCAUGGGAGCGAGUCGCCAUCUUUGAUUGCGACCGCGCGCGACACAUUAGCAGAUUUCGGACUGGCAAAGGAAGUAACACGCCACGUCCUUGCACUGUGACCGGCCUUAGAUUAAUCACUGAUUCUUGCGGGGAUAAAUCCAUGUCAAUCUGUAAAGUUACACACAUACUUAAUUCCUACUAUUUUUUAGUGAUCAAGCCCCUUCCUAUAGUAUACAACUCUCAGGCUGAAAGCCAUUUUAUAGUGAAUUUCUUUGUAAGUGAUUAGGCAAAUCAAAUGCCCUCAUUCAAAUGUUGCCUAACCAAAAUUUUGGUAUUA